AUGGGUGUUAACUCGCUUUGGGACAUUGUGGGCCCUACGGCGAGGCCAGUUCGGCUAGAAUCUCUAUCAAGAAAGAAAUUGGCAGUGGAUGCAUCUAUCUGGAUAUAUCAGUUCUUGAAAGCCGUUCGAGAUAGUGAUGGCAAUUCUUUGCCCCAAUCUCAUAUUGUUGGUUUCUUUCGACGGAUAUGCAAAUUAUUGUACUUUGGCAUCUUGCCGGUGUUUGUGUUUGAUGGAGGAGCACCGGCGUUGAAGCGCCAAACCAUUUUGAAACGACGUGAAAGAAGACAGGGAAAGACUGAAAGUACCAUUGAAACUGCUCGAAAAUUACUUGCCAUCCAAGUCCAGAAACUAGCAGAACGACUGAAAAAAAGACCCAGGCUCAAUGGUGAGGCAUCUGCUUCUGCAUCUGAAGGUAAAACACCCCAAUCAGUAAAUACAGGUGAUACUGUCUACUUGGACGAUCUCCAAAAUUUACACCCUAGUCACCAAAAGGAGACCCAAGAAACAUCAAAUAACCGCCCAGACAUUAGCACAGAAAACAGCACAGAAAACCUCAAAGAAGGCACCAGGUUUCGAAAAAACGAUGAGUUUCAUCUCCCUCAUCUCGAUUCGUUUCGGUCAGAACGAGAUGAUGGCCGUUUGAUGCCCGAAGAGGAGUUUUUAGGUGAAAUUGGGCUCGACAGUAACUAUGUUGAUGGAGUAAAUAUCAAUACUGUGGACCCCGCCUCGCCAGAGUUUGCAAAACUUCCCUUGCCGACCCAGUACAUGAUCUUGUCUCAUUUGCGUUUGCGGUCUCGAUUGAGAAUGGGAUUCAGCAAGGAGCAGCUUGAAUCGCUCUUUCCUAAUAGCAUGGAUUUUUCGAAGUUUCAAAUUAGAGAGGUCCAGAAGCGAAAUUUCUUCACUCAGCGCUUGAUGGAUGUAAGUGGAAUGGGUGAAAAUGGUAACGCAGAAAGACGUAUUGCAGGCGAUAAGGAUAGAAAGUAUGCGUUGACCAAAAACGAGAGCGGAUGGGUGCUCAAAUUGCAAGGAAAGGAUCAUGAAGGGACUAUCUCCAAACCUAUCGAUCUAGAUUUCGACUCACAACUUGCUGAUGGAGAUUCACGGGAUUUGCAUUUCGACCGAGCCACGGGCCAGUUCAAGCGUAGCCCCAAGCGCCCACAAAGAUCCCAAAUCAUCGUAAACCCGCCGCAAGAUUUUGAUGACGAUGAUGACGAUUUGGAACUAGAGGAUGUUCCUAUCGAAGGUGACGAAAACGAUAAUGUUCUGAAAGCCAUCGUGGAGUCAAUCUACAACCAAUAUACUGAUGGUGAGCAGCAAUCGUCAAAACUGGCUUAUGAAAAAGAUUUGAAGAGAGCUAUCGAAGAAUCGAAACAAGAAUUGCAAGCAUUAAGAACGCAAGAGCAAACCAGUACGGGUGGCAUAUUCAACUGGAACAAUAAUUUUGACGAUGAAAUGAAAUCCGAGCCCUCGCAACAGGCCAAACGCCAAAAAGUGCAGCGAAAAGAGUCGAGUUCCUCUAAACCUUUUGAUUUUUCGUUGGGUGAUUCUUUUUUGCUAGGCAACAAGGAUAAGAAAAUUGAGACAACCAAUGAGAAAUCUGAGCCCAAGCAGGCAACUACACGGCCCCUUCCGGAGCCUGAAACCGAGUCGAAGAAGUUACCGGAGGUAGAAGAGGAUGAAGUCGAAGAAAUCGAAUCACAAAAAAGUCCCAUUAAUCAGCGAAACGAGGUCCCGUUCUGGUUUAACGAGGAAGUCUCUGCCAAGAAUAAUCCAUACAUUGAGGGUCCGACUCAGGAGACCAGCUCUAGGAAACAAAAGGAGCUGGAAGAUGUAGCGGCAGGUUUGAUACCUUGGAACGAAGCAAAGGAUAUCAUUGAAGAGGAAGUCGAAGAUGAAGGUGGAGACGACCGUGAAUCAGAUGUUGAAAUAGUCGAUGAGGCAAGGAAAGUCACCGAAGAUGAGGUCAAAGACGAAGGUGAUUCAGAUGUUGAAAUAGUUAAUGAGGGCGAGAAUCUUCCUGAAGUGCCAUCUGAAGUGGUAACAGAGACAAAUGAGGCUAAGGAAUCAAAAGUACUCACGGCCCAAGAUGCUGAAGGUCAGGACAAAAGGAAGGCUCAAUUGCUAGACUAUGAUUUUGAAGAGGACGACGAACAAAAGCUUCUCAAGCAAAUGAGAGAUGAGGAUGCUGAUCAUGAAAGAUUAAAAUCGGACUUCCUCAAAGCUGCUGAAAUCCCCAUUACAGCUACCAGUAUCAGCGACGAGCAAAUGCUUCAAGAGCAAUACAAUAAAGCGAAGCGAGACUCUGAUGAAGUUACGGAAACCAUGAUAAGAGAUGUACAAGAGCUUCUCAAGCGAUUCGGUAUACCAUAUAUCACGGCUCCAAUGGAAGCAGAAGCUCAAUGCGCGGAGCUCAUGAAGCUAGGUUUAGUCGAUGGGAUCAUCACGGACGACAGUGAUUGCUUUCUUUUUGGGGGCCAAAAAGUUUACAAAAAUAUGUUUAAUCAAAAGCAGUAUGUGGAAUGCUACUUUAUCGAUGAGAUCAGCCAUAAAGUGGGACUCGAUCAGAAAAACUUAAUUGAAUUGGCUCUACUUCUUGGUAGUGACUAUACAGAAGGUAUCAAGGGGAUUGGACCUGUUAUGGCAGUGGAGAUUUUAGCAGAAUUUUCAAAUUUGACAAACUUUAAGAAUUGGCUCGACAAAAAUAGCAUUUCUGUUGUCGAUGAGUCAGAAUUGAGCCCAUUGAAGAAAAGUCUACUCAACAGAGUGAAGAAUGGAAAGCUCUUCUUACCCAAUUCCUUCCCAGAUACAGUUGUUUUUGAUGCAUAUUUGAAUCCCGAAGUCGACGACGAUACUACUCCCUUCAGAUGGGGAGUUCCAAACUUGGAUCAAAUCAGAUCGUUUCUCAUGUAUAAUGUUGGCUGGUCGCAGAGCCGAGUUGACGAAGUUAUGGUUCCAUUGAUUCGCGAUAUGAACCGUAAAAAACAACACGGAACUCAAUCUACUAUAGGAGAGUUCUUCCCGCAAGAGGCUUUGCAGUCAAGCAAAGAACUCGCUAUGGGCACGAGACUCAAAAAAGCAACCAAGAAGUUGAAGUCCAAAAGUAGUUAG